GCCACCCCGGCUCAGUGCGCCCCGAGCAGCCUGAGCGCGAGCGUUACGAUGCGCCUCUCCAUCGGUCCGAACCAGAGCCAGCGUCAGAACCGAGCUCCGAGCAGCAGACACCACGCCUCCGACAGCAGCUCCACAGCAGGAUGCCCGGCGGAAAGAGAGGGCUUGUGGCACCGCAGAACACUUUUCUGGAGAACAUCGUGCGGCGUUCAAGUGAGACCAGCUUUCUCCUGGGAAAUGCCCAGAUCGUGGAGUGGCCUGUAGUCUACAGCAAUGACGGAUUCUGCAAGCUGUCAGGCUUCCACAGAGCUGACGUCAUGCAGAAGAGCAGCACAUGCAGUUUUAUGUACGGAGAGCUGACGGACAAGAAGACCAUUGAUAAAGUCAGGCAAGCGUUUGACAACUAUGAGUCCAACUGCUUUGAAAUCCUGCUGUACAGGAAAAAUAGAAGUCCAGUCUGGUUUUACAUGCAGGUGGCUCCUAUCAGGAAUGAGAAUGACAAGGUGGUUUUGUUCCUCUGCACUUUUAAAGACAUAACACUCUUCAAACAGCCCAUUGAAGAUGAAACCACUAAAGGAUGGACAAAAUUAGCACGACUCACACGUGCGCUCACCAACAACCGCAACACACUGCAGCAGCUGGCUCCCAUUAGCAAACAUGAAGUCAGCCACAAACAGUCCAGACUAGCAGAGGUUCUGCAGCUGAACUCCGACAUCCUUCCACAGUACAAACAGGAAGCCCCAAAGACGCCGCCUCACAUCAUCCUUCACUACUGCACCUUUAAGACCACGUGGGACUGGGUCAUCCUCAUCCUCACCUUUUACACAGCCAUUAUGGUGCCCUACAACGUCUCUUUUAAGACAAAGCAGAACAACAUUGUAUGGCUGGUGCUGGAUAGUGUGGUGGAUGUCAUUUUCCUGGUGGACAUCGUGCUCAACUUCCAUACUACCUUUGUGGGUCCGGGUGGAGAAGUGAUAUCUGACCCCAAACUCAUCCGCAUGAACUACCUGAAGACCUGGUUCGUCAUUGAUCUGCUCUCCUGUCUGCCUUAUGAUAUCAUCAAUGCCUUUGAGAACGUGGAUGAGGGCAUCAGCAGUCUGUUCAGCUCUCUAAAGGUGGUUCGCCUUCUCCGUCUGGGCCGAGUGGCCAGGAAACUGGACCACUACCUAGAGUACGGAGCUGCAGUUCUGGUCCUGCUGGUCUGCGUGUUUGGACUUGUGGCCCACUGGUUGGCCUGCAUCUGGUACAGUAUUGGAGAUUAUGAGGUCAUUGAUGAAGCCACCAACACCAUCAAGAUGGACAGCUGGCUUUACCAACUGGCUCUCAGCAUUGGAUCACCAUAUCGAUACAACGCCAGCGGAUCUGGCCAGUGGGAAGGCGGCCCUGGAAAAGACUCAUUGUACAUCACCUCUUUGUAUUUCACCAUGACCAGCUUGACAACCAUUGGUUUUGGCAACAUUGCCCCUACCACAGAUGGAGAGAAGAUUUUUUCUGUGGCCAUGAUGAUGGUGGGAUCCCUUCUUUAUGCCACCAUCUUUGGAAACGUGACAACCAUCUUCCAGCAGAUGUAUGCUAACACCAACCGCUACCAUGAGAUGCUCAACAACGUCAGGGACUUUCUGAAGCUCUACCAGGUUCCAAAAGGUCUCAGCGAGCGGGUCAUGGACUACAUUGUCUCCACCUGGUCCAUGUCCAAAGGCAUUGACACGGAGAAGGUCUUAUCUAUAUGUCCUAAGGACAUGCGAGCUGACAUCUGUGUCCACCUCAACAGGAAGGUGUUCAACGAACAUCCAGCUUUCAGGUUAGCCAGUGAUGGCUGCCUACGCUCUCUAGCUGUGGAGUUUCAGACCAUCCAUUGUGCACCAGGAGACCUGAUCUACCAUGCCGGUGAGAGCGUCGACACCCUCUGCUUUGUGGUGUCAGGGUCACUUGAGGUCAUCCAGGACGACGAGGUGAUUGCCAUCCUUGGUAAAGGCGAUGUGUUUGGAGAUGUCUUUUGGAAAGAGACCACUCUAGCCCAUGCCUGUGCUAAUGUUCGAGCCCUAACCUACUGUGACCUCCACAUAAUCAGCAGAGAGGCCUUGCUCAAAGUCCUAGAGUUUUACACAGCCUUUGCCAAUUCCUUCUCACGGAACCUCAUCCUCACAUGCAACCUACGCAAGCGGAUAAUUUUCCGUAAGAUCAGUGACGUCAAAAAGGAGGAAGAGGAGAGGGAGCGAGCUAAGAACGAGGUCCCAAUCACCAUCCCACAGGACCAUCCCGUCCGUAAGCUUUUCCAGAAGUUCAAGCAGCAGAAGGAGCUUCGUAACCAGAGUGCAGGACCUGCCUCCCAGGUGGAUCUUGAGAAGAACCAACUGCAGGUGGAACAGCAGCAUCACCAGCAACUUCAUCCUCACACACUGCAACUGGGUCAUUCUAGUCUGCAGCACUCGCUCCCUCUUAGCUUACAACGGCCCCCCACUUCCAUGCAGAAUGGAGCCCCUCCGAGCAGCAGCGUGCUGACAGUGUCUCAGGUAACGCCCAUGAAUAGCUCGUUGGCCUACAGUCACCCCAGUGAACCUCCUGCAAAGCAGAACAAUCAAGAGAUCAUGGAACUGCAGCCCAAUUCUGCUGGAGAGGGAGUUGAGCCUCCUGUAAGGAUAAAAGCCAGCACCAGUCCUGCUGGGGGAAAGCCCAUCACCAAACCCAGUGGGUGGAUGCGGCUGAAAAACAACAUGGCUCCGGUGGAGGCCAAGAAGGAGGGAUUAAACAACAAUGUAAAGGCCGUUUCUGUGGAGAUGCUCUCUCGGGACUGUAAGGGGCAGGAACACAGUGUGAUUCAAGAUAUAGGAGACGGAGGGGUUUCCAGUAGCAAUCCUCUCCGCAAGACGGACUCGUGUGACAGCGGCAUCACUAAGAGUGAAUUGCGGAUCGACCGGGCUGGUGAAGCACGGACGCCCGCGGCGGGUACUCCUCUCCUUCACAGCCCUCUUCCUGGAGCUGCAGGAUCCCCUCUCACUUUUUGCCCCAUGCCAGAGCAGGCAUUACAGGCCUUACUGCAGGAGACCCGGCUGGAGCUCCGAGAGGACAUCCAGUCUCUUGGAGGCCGUCUGAAGGUCCUAGAAAGUCAGGUAGCAGAAAUUCUAAAACUAUUAUUGGAGAAGAGGCAACCAUCCACAGGGAUGUUGUCUGCCACAGCCACACCCAAAACCAAAAUACGCCGUCAAGACAUUUUCACAGUUUCCAGGCCUGUUUCUCCUGAUUCGGAGAAGGACGAUGGCCUUUGAAUGGAGCUGAACCAAUGGAGUCUGGGUGGAAUGUGCUUUUGCUCAUGGCAUGUUUGUAAGAGCCCAACAUUGCUCCCAGCAUUUGGCAUUAAGUUCCAACACAUCCAAUAGAACACACACCAAACCAGGGUCUAGUGAAGUUUGCACAUUGAUUUUGCAACCAGAUCACACUGGGUUACAUUUUACUGAACGUUCUGAACCUCUGGACCUAGUUGUUUUGAUUGUACAUGCCUCUCUAUGCAUGUCCAGCUGGAUUCUGGCCUGCCAAAGAAAUUACUAAGCUCACUUGCCUGUAUAUUAUGCAGAGUACUGCAUGCAAAUAGAAUUUAAAAAGACAUUUCAGUGAGUUAUGUUGUGCAGAUAAAUAUUUUUUAUUGAUCAUUUAUUAUGUGGACAUCCAGGGUUCACAUUCUGGCAGCACUAGAGACAUUAAAUAACAGCAAAAGGAUUGUGCAUGGGUUAUUUGCAGAUUGAGAAUAUAUGAGGUGCAGAAUUGUGGAAUUGUUUUCUUGCCCUUUUGUGUAUGUCUCUCCUCUUGUAAAAAUCUCUAGAUAGGUUAAAGCAUCCCUCCUUAGGAAACAUUCUUUUGUCUCUUAUAUCAGACAUUGACUGUGCUUCACAGAAUUUCUAUUUUUGGAACAAGCAAAAAUCUUUUGGCUCAGUUUUUUUUUGGCAAGCCCAUAGGUUGUUGUCACAAUCCUUCUUGUGUCUAUGCAUUGGUCCGUACCCCACUAUUAUACCUCUACACAAGGUUUGCUAUUCUUAGUUUAUGUAUGUCAACAAGGGUUCACUGAUCUUUUAUGUUCUAUCUCUUUGCAUGGUUCAGGGAUGUAAUAAAUCUACAUUUAAUAAGGUUGGGACUAUCGCUGCACAGUACAUCACCAAUUUAUCGUCAUCGCAAUAUCACGGAUCACAAUAUGCAUAUUACAAAGAAUUGCCUGGAAUUUAAAAUUGUCAGCUGAUUAUUCAACUGCCCUGCAUACAGACUCUCAGCGUCCCUGACAUGUUUGAUGACACUUGCUGUUUAAUUGCAACACAAAAUGAUUGAGAAGGUUAAGAAGUAGUAAAGUUGAUAAGAAACAACAGCUAAGUUGUUGCAUUGCCAAAACAUCACAAGUCGGAUGGAGGCCACGUUUUCAUUGGAACCUUGUGUUUGAAAUGAAAAUGAUGAAUGUUUUUGUUUUUUAGUAGAUGGAUGGGCUACUCAUUAUCCAGGGUCUAUGUUUGCUAUGAUCCUAAAGCAGAAAGGCUUUAACACAAUAUUUUCUGUAUUUAUUGCAAGCUAUAUAUAGUUAUGCAACGAUUGCCAAUAUUAUAGCACAUUGCAACUUUUCCUAAUAUUGAACAGGAUGAAAGCUUUAAGCAAAGAAACGUGCUUGGUAGUUACAAUAGAAUUUUCAUCUAUUAAUCAUCAUCAUGAAUGACCUACUAAUUUUGCACUUUCAAAUAUGCAUCAGAACCAUCUUUGUUCAGCAUGGAAUGGUGAUAAAACUUCCAUGAUAACAAGAAUGGUAUACACAUGGUUGAAUUCAAUAUGAGUGUUCUCUGAACCACAGUUCAUACAUUUUCAAUUGGGUUGAUAUCUAGUCUUUAUAGAGGCCAUUCAGGAAGCUUUCCAAUUAUACUGGAACAUCUAACUGUGAUCCAGUGCUGAAAACAGCAACACAUUUAGGCCACAUCCACACGAAGCCAUACAAAGCCGAAUUAAGAUAUCUGCACUGAAAAGUUUGAGUGUAAUGACGAAACCGCCUGAAGCGGAACAAGCCGUAAUAGGUGUUGUAAUACAUAUACCAGUAGGUGGGUAACGAGCUGUAACCGAAGCAAGGGCAGUGAUGAUAAUCACGAAGGAAUAUGGCGACUGCUAUCACUGCUGGAGUAAGAAAUAAACCUAUUUGGACAGACAGGGUGGAACUUCUCCUCCCGGCUACACUUGACUACAAGCCCAGGAAUGCAUGAACCAGCAGGCUGAAAAGCCGUAUAUGGGUCUCAUGAUGGAGACACCGAAGGGGGUGGCUUCAAACUUAUCCAGUCUGGGAGCUGGUUUUCAGAUGUCGUCAGUUUCAUGGCCGCUUUGUUGUGAUGGGAUCCUCUAAACAACAGAGAAACUUGUCAUGUACAGGGGGCCAUAAACAUCAUGUCAGAUUAUUCCAGUCUAUUUCAGUGAAAGUGGUUCUAUUGCAAUGCACAGAUGAAGGACUACCUUCAUGUUAUUCAACUUCAUGUCAAAUCAACAACUGGACAGCUGAAUCAAAAACAAUAUAAGGGUUUACAACAGGACUGUUGGACUAAGAUCUCGUUACUGUUGAGGCCUUUGGAGUACAGUGAACUCAUUGUCUUGUUCUAGAAACCAGUUUGAACUUUGUGACAGUCUGAUGAGAGCAAGCGAUUGAGGCUACAUUACUCACAGACUCACCAAAACCGAACAUUAACUGGUCGAAAAAAUGUUGCCUGAUCCAGUGAUUCUCGAGUUCAGCUGCCACAGUUAGGUGGUUGGGUCAGAACUUGUUGUAAACAACAUGAAGGCCUUGGUUCAUCCUGCCUUGUUCAAUGGUUCCGGCUAUGUUAACUGUAAUCAAGGGUUGUUUGAGCUAAUGUUGCUUUUCUAUCAUCAUUAACCAGUCUGCCCAUACUCCUCUGGUCUUCACCCACCGAGCUUCUCUCCAUUGGAUAUUUUCUUUUUUUCUGACCAUCAUCUAUAAACUUAAGACAUUGUGUAAAUCAGCAGGUUCUGAAAUGCUUAGACCAGCAUGUCUGAUUCCAUAUCCAAAGUCCCCUAAAUUCCCCCUCUUCCUGUUCUAAUGCUCACUUUGAACUUCAGCAGGCCAUCUCCAUCACGUCUAGAUGCUUAGACAAUUAGAGGGGCUGCCAUGUAAUGGGCUGAAUUUGUGACAGGUGUGACCUUGUAUGUAUUAGUUAAAAUCCACAAUGUCAUCAGAGUUGAGUCCCUCAUCCUCAUCCUUCUAACUUUCAUAUAAAAAAAUCAACCGUUCAUUCGUCAUUAAAAGCCCAGAAUUAAAUAUAUUCAGGUCCAAGAGUGAAUGAUUGGCACUGUGAAAGUCCACUGAGGUCAGUCGGAGGUUAGGCACAAGGCUUGGCAAGUGUACCAACCAAGUGUGUCACUACAGCCCACUUUAAUCUUAGCUGAAGCUUAGUCACAAAUCCUAUCUAAUAGUCCACUUUUCUGUCUUUUCUAUCUGUUGCAUGAAAGAAAGGCAUCAUAUGCUACUAGUGUGUAAGAACUGGCACACUGUCAAUUAGUGAAGGAACAUACACAGGGUAAGGGCUUCUCAUGCUCUCUUUUUUUGUUUAUCUUUUUGUACACAUUUGUGGGUUGUAUCAUAUUUGUUGUGAUAAUUUUAAUGCUGUCAUUGUUUUAGUUUUCUCUUGUCCACACAAAAAUAAUCAUAUCUGAAAAGAAAGUAAUAAUAAUAGGACACCUAUGAACUGCACUGAAGAAACCACAGGGACAUCAUUUUGUUACAAUUACUACUUUAUUAAUAAUAUCAUCAUUAUCAUUAAUAUUGUUGUUGUCAUUACUGUAAGUAGGUAAAAACAAGCUGAUUUAAAGGAAAAAAUUCACCAGGCUUUUUUUUCUUGUUUAGUAACGCCUGAAAACAAAAGCUAUCUUUUAUUACUCCAACAUAAUCUGACAUUUUUGUAUAGACAUAAUGCUGAUGUAACUGACCAUUUAAAUAUACCCUAUUUUCUUGUUAAUCCUACUUUCUAAGUAGUAAUCCAUCAGUUUCUGUAUGAUGUGACACAAGCUGGAAAAGGAUCCAUAUUUAUGAAAUGCAUCCAUAUUUAUAAAAUGCCCCUCCUGCCGUUUCACAUAGUAUGAUAGAGACCCUGGGAACCUUGCUUCAGUGCAUCAAGAACUCUUGGAAAUACCACAGUAUUUGAAACACAUAUCCUAUCAAUUCAAUCAACUAAUUAAAAUGGGUAACCAUUGAGUCUUUUAGAACCAUAAAGCCAUAUGAACAGAUUUUUUUUUUGGUUAUCUGAAGAUUGUUCUUAAAGUUUGAUCUUUUAUUACUUUUUUGAGAAUAAGAUUUUACCACUGCAAUAAAAUAUAAACUAUGUAUUUGAGGGUUUUUAUGUGUUUGCCAGCUUGUAAUUUUUUACAGGUGUUUAGGUCCUGGAAAGAUAUGCUCAGUGUAUUUCCCAUUUCAGUGACACGUUUUAGGAACUGACUGCAAUAAGUUUCAAUGCACAAGGUUUGUUCUGUCUCUGUGAUGGGUUUUAUAAAGGCGUUUUGCACAUACACAGUUUUGUUAUCAUCUUCAAGCCAGGCUGGGGUUUGCAAUGUGGCAUGAAGGAGAAGGCAUCAAGGCACUCUCUCUAAUGUAUAAGACCAUGGACCUACACUUUAAAGAAGUAGACUGGUUAGUGAUCAGAUGCAAGUCUUUGGUUGGACUUCAACAAUCCUA